AUCUCAUCUCGCGCGAAACUCAUGUCGGAAGAGCGUUUCGCCUCUGCUGUUGUACCCGGCCAGAAGCGAAACCAGAAUAAACCCGUUCGGUCUCACAAGGUGGUUUUUCUUGGGCAAUCCGGUACUGGCAAAACGUCUCUGAUCCGGCAGUUCGUUUACAGGACCUUCGAACCAUGCUACCAGGCAACAGUGGGGAUGGAUUUUGUCUCCAAACUGGUCACGUUGGAGGCUGGGCAUAAGAUUCGACUGCAACUCUGGGACACAGCGGGCCAAGAGAGGUUUCGAGCAUUGGUGCCCAGCUACCUCAGAGAUAGCUCUGUUUGUGUGAUUGUCUACGACGUCACAUCUAGGGAGUCUUUUGAUAGUGUCUAUGGCUGGGUCGAGCAGGUUCUGGAGGACAGAUCAAGGAAGGAGGUGAUACUUGCCUUAGUGGGGAACAAGGUUGAUCUUGAGGCUGACCGACGCGUGCAGCACUCCGAGGGAAGAGCAAUGGCCGAGGAGCUGAACAUGCUCUUCUUUGAGGCAAGCUCUUGCAAGCCUGACUUGGUUGAUGCUGUCUUUAAUGGAAUUGCAGAAGGUCUGUCUGCAGACCCCAAAGCGGAGUCUGAUGAUGAGAUUGUGCUGGAACCACAGCGACACCGUGAGGCUUCGCACAGACGGAAAAAGUGCUGCUGAUGCCACUGAUGUGAAUCCACGCCAAAUUGGUUUGGCAGUCGUACAUUAUAGUGGAGAGGAUGACUGAAGAUGCGUCCUAAGUGGUCAGCCAAGACGAAAUGUCUAUCACAUACAGUUGCUGUUGAUCUGGAGAUACGCACCAUGUUAGUAGCCAAGUGAUUUGAGAGAAGGCCCACAAGAUGACGCUUGUACAUAUUCGAGGAGCCUGGCCAGAAUAUGGCUGGAUUCCAAAAGCGCACCUGCAAAAUGGCAAAUGCUUUCGAACGAA